CACACAUGAUCUUACUUUCCUGUGUGUGGUGGUGGCCGCGUAAGUCACGUUGGCUGUAUCAUGAGUUUGAAGUACUCAAGUAUUCAAGUAUUCCACACACGUUGAGAAGUUUGUAAACAAAUGCGUCGCAACGAUGGUAAAAUGCGUGGUUCAAGGGUGUCCAAAUAGAAAGGACAAAGGGAAAGACACCGGCACAACCAACAAAAGGUUUUUUAGUUUUCCUCAGGACCCAGGCAGAGUGAAAGUGUGGCUUGCUGCGUUGAGAGAAACGGACAGGGACCCAUCAGAGUUCAAUGAAAUUUGCGAAGACCAUUUUCUGGCAGACCACAUCACGCCACAGGGAAUAAGCGAAGAUGCUAUUCCACUGCCGCCGUACUUAGACGGACCGGUGGGGGCCAGCGAAUCUUCCGAAGGCGAACAGGAGGAUUUCUCGGUUGCACCGAUUGAUACGGAUGAAGAUGUCGACGACGACGAUGAUGGAGAGGUUGAAUAUGAGGAAGAGGAGGAGGAGGAGGAGGAAGAAGAAGAAGAGGAAGAAGGAGAAGGGCUGAUUCAGGAGAACGGAGUGGAGGACGUGCAAAAACCCCAGACCUCUCUAGAAAGCAAUGUGGAAGUCCCAAAGACGCAGAUUGAUCCUCCAAUAAAGGGGGAAUUGGGGCGUUGUGAUGUGUCGCUAGGGCGACUGACCCACCUCUUCAUGCGCGUGCUGAGCGCGGCCCCCGACGGAGUUCUUGACCUCAAGGAGGCGGCGAUCAAACUGGGCACUCGCAAACGCAGGGUGUACGACAUCACCAACGUGCUCAACGGAAUCCGCUUGAUCCAGAAAAAGUCCACCAACAAGGUCCAGUGGGUGGGGAGCACCCCCAUCAGCAGCUUCAGCACUGCGUUCCGGACCAAGCUGAAGGAGGAGGUGCAGAGCCUGAGGACCAUGGAGGAGUCGCUGGACAACCUCAUCAAAGACUGUGCCAAGCAACUCUUUGCCCUGACUGAUGAUAAAGAGAACGCACAAGUGGCCUACGUGACCCAUGAAGACCUGUCCCACAUCCGGGUCUUCCAGGCGCAGACCCUCAUCACCGUCCAAGCGCCAGAGGAGACCAAGCUGGAUGUUCCCAUGCCCAGAGCGGAUGGGAUCAACAUGCACCUGAAGGGUACCCGAGGCCCCAUCCAGGUGAUGAGUUGUGAGAUGGGGUUUCCCCUGGUAGAUAAAGCCAACUUGGAUAAGCCAGGCAGAUUUCAAUCUCUAGAGGAGAGCAGAAUACACACAGUGCCCCUCAAUACAGACUCUAUUUCCUCCCCAGGUCCAGUCCAGAGUGCCUGAGGACAGCCUGUAGGCUGCAGGUGCAGUGCACUGUGCACACACACACAUCUUAAAGACUGUAGGACCUCACUCAGAUCCCCAGCCAAGUGAACUGGGAAAGCGGGGGUAAGGUGUUCAGGGGUUACAGAGGUGACCACGCCUACCGACUCUCAUGAUGCCAGAGGGGAAAGUGAAACACUGGGAGAAGUGUGAAAAUGGCUACGUUACAAAACACCGGUGCGAGCCUGGUUCCCAAAUUCGGGGCACUUUGUUUACAGAAAGUAGUUUUCUUCAUUAAGUCUAAAAUUAUAUGAAAAAUUAUAUGAAAACCACUGAUGGUAUUCCCUGGAGAUUGUAAAGUGUUGUAACAGAAAGCCACCUUGAUAUUCUUGGGAGAUACCUAUUUUCAUUGAUAGUUCAAAUUUUUUCAAGAUGUCUGAUACAAAGUCAUUUAAUUGCUUAAUUGAGCAAGUGACCACAUAGAUCUAGUUCUGAUCAGAAUUAUGGAGGUAUUAUUUUGUUUUAAAUGCCAUUGAGCAUUAAUUAUCUUAACAGAUUAUGGCUCUUAUAGUAAUGUACUGUUGCAGAUUUGCAGUUCAGUAUUUGGACCUUGAAACUGUAAUGCAUUACCAGUUACCGGUGUUGAAUGGUUGUUUGUGUUCUUCUUUGGCACAUUCCUUUUCCUUGUCUCUUAUUCUUUGUCCUUGUCAUGUUUAAUCUUUUUUUCUCUCUCUGAAUAAACACCAAAUAGAAUGUGUACUACUUACUAUUGA